AUGGAUCUUCAACCUUCUCACUCUCAGGAACCCACAGUACCGGAAAGGCUCCAACUUCUUCCCCUCCCCAUCCUAAACAAAAGAGACGUCAAAUAUGCACUCUUUUUCCUCCUCCUUCUGAUUUCUUCCAUUGUUGUUUUCUUUCUUGUCAGCCCUUUUGAGUCUCGGCCAAUUCUUCGUAUUGGGUUCUUGUCGCAAAUCAUAUCCAAUAAUGAAGAAUAUUUAGGAGCUUGUGAUUACUCUAAAGGCAGAUGGGUUUGGGACGAAAGUUACCCGCCUCAAUCGUACGCGGAGAACUGCCCGUUUCUCGAUCCUGGCUUCCGGUGUAGUCAAAACGGACGUAAAGAUGAGGAUUACCGUAAAUGGCGAUGGCAGCCGGAGGGCUGUGAUCUUCCCAGAUUCAACGCAAGCGAGCUCUUGGAAAGAAGCCGAAAUGGGCGUAUAGUGUUUGCCGGCGAUUCUAUUGGAAGAAACCAGUGGGAGUCUUUGCUAUGCAUGCUUGCACAAGCUGUCUCCAACCAGUCCAGAAUAUAUGAAGUACAUGGAAACCCCAUAACCAAACACAAGGGCUUCCUCUCCAUGCGGUUCCAAGAUUACAACCUCACAGUUGAGUAUUACAGGGCACCUUUUUUAGUCACCGUCGGCCGGCCGCCCCGAAACUCAUCAAAUCAAGUCCGAAUCACCGUUAGGGUCGAUGAGGUGCACUGGUACUCCAAACACUGGUUAGGAGCAGAUGUUCUGGUUUUCAAUGCCGGGCAUUGGUGGAACGAAGACAAAACAGUAAAGAUGGGCUGUUACUUCCAGGAAGGAGGCAAGAUAAAUAGGACAAUGGAUGUGAUGGAAGCAUUCCGGAGAUCCCUACAAACAUGGAAGUCUUGGGCACUACAAAAUUUCGAUCCUGAAAGAACUUUUAUAUUCUUUCGUAGCUACUCCCCGGUACAUUUCAGGAAUGGCACGUGGGAUAGAGGGGGUCUCUGCAAUACUAGUACGGAACCAGAAACAAACUACACAAUGUUGGAAGCCGAACCAUUGAACAAUGUACUCAUUUCCAAUGUAAUCAAAGAGAUGGAUUAUGGAAACAGGAAGAUCCAGUUUUUAAACAUCACAUAUCUAACAGAGUUUAGGAAAGAUGGUCACCCUUCAAUGAAUCGUGAGCCAGGCACUCCAGCUCUAGCCCCACAAGACUGCAGCCAUUGGUGCCUACCUGGAGUGCCGGAUACAUGGAAUGAACUUCUGUAUGCUCAUCUAUUGUCAAAAGGAUUCAGAACCAAGUGA